GUCGAAAAUAACCGAAGUGUGCCAUGUGACAGUGUUGGUAAAUAAGGAAACCACACAGCUGUCAGGUUGCAUGUAAAUUGUAUAUAUUUGCAUCAAAUUCGUUGCUAUUUUCUACCUCCCGUGUACGAUAUGACUGAGAAGGGAUCCCCUGCGAGACUCCAUGCUGGUAGAGAGAUCCCUCAUCGGGCUAUAGCCGAUAUUUCGAAUUUGCCUAAUGACUAUUCCACCACUCCUGGUGGAUCCAUUUUUUCGACGACUCCUGGAGGGAGUAGAAUUUUCUAUGAGCGGAAUUUCUUGAUGCAGUGUCGUAAUUCUCCAUUAGCAAAGACUCCCCCAAGAAACAUGGCACAUAUCCCAGGCAUCACGACCCCUGGAGAUGUGGAUAUUCCCAAGGAAAAUGGUGUCGUUGAACCAAAAGGGGCUAAACCACAGAAAGUUGAAGGAGCGGAGGAGCAUCCACAAUUUGAGAUGGAUAUCUAACAGCCAGUGCAGACUGCCUCUCAUGCUUGAUGUUGGCUUUAGUCCCUAUGGAAACUGCAUCCAGAGAUUAUCCAUGUUCUUUUUCUACAAAUUGAUGUUACCAAAGUUUAGAGUUUCCAUUAUGUAUUUGGAUAUGGAUAUUUUUUCAGAAUGUGUUUGUUCACAAACCUUCAUUUGUUAUUUCUUAUAUACUUGUUUACCUUAAAAAAAUGCAUUAAGCAGGAGUAGGGAUACCAUAACUUAGCAUUUCGUCUUAAAUCGAAUGUUUAUCUAGGUAGUAAUAUGCUUUUAUUUGUUGUUGAGUUCAAAUUAUUCUGGUUAAUGUAUACAAUUUGUAGAAGCACUUUUGAUAGUUGUAAAUUUUGUUAAAAAGUAUUUUUACACAUGGAUAUAAGAAAAAUUGGAUGAAUUGUACCAAUAUAAGCUAUUUGAAGCUGAUUGUUAUGGUUAUACAAUUAUGGUUAGUAAUUUAAUAAUUAAAAUUUUAACUCAUGUAUUCUAAGAUAUAUUUAUUUUCAGUUAUGGGGAAUGUUAAUAGUUUCUAUGCAAUUGAGUGCUUUAUUUAGGUAUAAUAUUGCAAUAGAUAAAUAUCCCCCUAAGAAAACAGAGUUGCCUGUUAAAUGUUUUAUGAUUUCUUUGUUUCUUUAAAUUUUUCAAGUAACACAAGUUGUGUGACACAUUUUUUUGUAAACAUUUCAUACUAAAUUUUGUAAUAACAGUUUGAAAUUAAUGUCUUAUUGUUUAAUUAAGUUGUUAUUAUGAUAUCAUGCUUUCUAGUUAAGAUUUGUGCUUUAAUUGUGUUCAGGCAAUUUGUGGUGGCAGUGAAGGCAUUAAUUGUAAAUUUUAACCUUAAAGUGCUUUCUUUUUCCAGCAUUUAGUGCUUGGGGCAUUUUGCUCUUUCUGUUAAACUUUAACUGGUCAUUUCAAAGGGUGAUCCUCUUUUGAAUCCUACACAUAAUUAUGUUAUAAAUCUCUGUCAGUAACCAAGCAAAGCGGCUGCAUGCUACAUCUAAUGAGAAAUGUGUUUAAAUCAAAUAAAGUGUUGAUUGUCAAGUUAUCGAUAUAGAUAUAAUAUGUUAUUGCAAUAUCUCAUUAUAAAAGCUGAAAACGUG